GCACCUGAAAAUACAGAAGUGUAAGAAUAUAAGAGAGAUCAUUGCCACAGAAAAUGUAGAAGACAUGGAGAAUUCAAUUUCUUUUCCUAAGCUAACGUUCUUAGAGUUAAAAGACCUUCAAAAUCUUGUCAAAAUCUACUCAAGAAAUUGGAUGAUUGAAUUCCCAUCCUUGGAGCAAUUGGCCAUAGAGAACUGCUCAAAAUUGAAGGUACCCAUUGUUACAAGUACAAGCAUGGAUGCCAUGGCUGAUGGAAGCCCACUCUUUAGUAAACAGGUUGUCUUUCCCAACCUUGAGAGGUUGGAACUAAGGUCAAUUGAAAUUAAAAUGAUAUGGCACAUCUCUGCAACAGCUCACUGCAUUAUGAACCUUACUGAACUUACCAUUGAAGGCUGUGAUAACUUAGAGCUGUUAUUCUCAUCCUCUAUGGCAAGAGGCUUGAAGAACCUUUGGCACCUUGAAAUACAGAAGUGUAAGAAUAUAAGAGAGAUCAUUGCCGCAGAGAAUGUAAAAGACAUGGAGAAUUCAAUUUCUUUUCCGAAGCUAAGAUUCUUAAAGUUAAAAGACCUUCAAAAUCUUGUCAAAAUCUACUCAGGAAAUUGUAUGAUUGAAUUCCCAUGCUCGAUGCAAUUGGCCAUAAAGAACUGUCCGAAAUUGAAGGGACCCAUUGUUACAAGUAUAGGCCUGGAUGCCAUGGCUGAUGGAAGCCCCCUCUUUAGUAAACAGGUUGUCUUUCCCAAACUUGAGGAGUUGAAACUAAGGUCAAUUGAAAUUAAAAUGAUAUGGCACAUCUCUGCAACAGCUCACUGCAUUAUGAACCUUAGGAAACUCACCAUUGAAGGCUGUGAUAACUUAGAGUUGUUAUUCUCAUCUUCUAUGGCAAGAGGCUUGAAGAACCUUUGGUGCCUUGAAAUACAGAAGUGUAAGAAUAUAAGAGAGAUCAUUGCCGCAGAGAAUGUAGAAGACAUGGAGAAUUCAAUUUCUUUUCCUAAUCUAAGAUUCUUAGAGUUAAAAGACCUUCAAAAUCUUGUCAAAAUCUACUCAGGAAAUUGUAUGAUUGAAUUCCCAUGCUUUAUGCAAUUGGCCAUGGAGAACUGCCCGAAAUUGAAGGGACCCAUCGUUACAAGUACAAGCAUGGAUGCCAUGGUUGACAAAAGCCCACUCUUUAGUAAACAGGUUGUCUUUCCCAACCUUGUGAAGUUGGAACUAAGGUCAAUUGAAAUUAAAAUGAUAUGGCACAUCUCUGCAACGGCCCAUUGCAUUAUGAACCUUACUGAACUUACCAUUGAGGGCUGUGAUAACUUAGAGCUGUUACUUUCAUCCUCUAUGGCUAGAGGCUUGAAGAUGCUUAGGCACCUCAAAAUACAGAAGUGUAAGAAUAUAAGAGAGAUCAUUGCCACGGAUAAUGUAGAAGACAUGGAGAAUUCAAUUUCUUUCCCUCAGCUAAACUUCUUAGAGUUAAAAGACCUUGAAAAUCUUGUCAAAUUCUACUCAGGAAAUUUUUUGAUUGAAUUCCCAUCCAAGAUGCAAUUGGCUAUAGAGAACUGCCCAAAAUUGGAGGUACCCAUUGUUACAAGUACAAGCAUGGAUGCCAUGGUUGACUGAAGCCCCCUCUUCACUAAACAGAAUCCUCCUGAAGCUGAUAAGAACAUCAUGCCUGUGUCUUCUCGGGGUUAACAAGGAAUUGUGAGACUAUAUAUGGUGUGUGAGGCUGAUGCCUUCAAGGCAAGCUAGAUGAUCUGCAUUGACCAUGCUUUUCUCAAUAGUCCUUGUGGGUUCGAGUGGUGCUCUCCAGUAAGCUGGGCUGAUGCUGCUAAAUUGCCACAUUGUUCGGUGCCCAAAAACUUUCUUUCAUUCCCUAAAUCCUUUUCAAAAUCUAAAAUUCAUGUUGAACUUGUAUUAAUAGUAUUCAAUUUCCAAGAGCCACUAGACUAUUUAUUUCAAUCUGUGUUUUAUAUUGCAGAAGACUGAAUGCUUGAAGUCGCAAUAUAUGUACCUAUCUUUACUCAGGAAACAAAUGUUUGCUUAUGGAUUAUUAGAUAGUUUGCUUUGAAAUAUCAAUAAAUUGCAUCUUUGGAUGAAACAGGACUUGAUCAGUAAGAAAGGUUUGAAUCUGGA